GGCUGGGCAUAGUUAUGCAUACUUGACUCUGUGUGCCCAUAAAGACCGCCUACGCAACAGAGCUUCCUACUGGAUUUAGUUAAGUACUCCAAGCUCCGGAGCCCCAGAGCUUCCGCGACAGACCAUCCACUCCGCCUGGACGUACUUCUACAUCCACCGCAUUAUUCUCCCAAAGCCAUGCUCAGCAUUGGCACCGGGAUACAUUCGCAAUGCCGGUGCUACUAAGGCACGUCCCGCUCCGGGCAUUGACCGCCUCGACUCCUUCAAUUGCAGCUCCUAUCGCCCUCCGAUCGUUUUCCGUCCUCAACCGUCCGCCGCCCAACUAUCCGGGUCAUGUCCCGUUGACGUUCGUUGAGCGGAGCGCUCUCGCGGUCGGUUCGGCCGUGGGAUCAUUGCUGAACCCAUAUCGAGGAGACCUGAUCGCAGCCCUAGGCGAAGCCACCGCAACACCCUACUUCAUCUACCGUCUCCGCGACGCCAUGCUCUCGAACCCAACCGGACGACGCAUCCUCCGUGACCGUCCGCGCCUCACCUCCGAAACCCUUUCUCUUGCCCACCUCCGCACCCUACCCGAGAACACCGUCGGCCGGACCUACGCCGCGUGGCUGGAUCGCGAGGGCGUCUCGCCAGACACCCGCAGCAGCGUACAGUACAUCGAUGACGAAGAAUGCGCAUACGUCAUGCAGCGAUAUCGCGAGAGUCAUGACUUCUACCACGCCGUCACGGGUCUACCGACUAUGGUGGAGGGCGAGUUGGCGCUGAAGGCGUUCGAGUUCCUCAAUACUCUCAUCCCGAUGACCGGGUUAAGUCUGUUUGCGCUGAUGCGGCUGAAGCCUGCAGAGCGGGAGAGGUUCUUCGCGCUGCAUUUGCCGUGGGCGGUGCGGAGUGGAUUGGCGAGUGAGGAGCUCAUCAAUGUGUAUUGGGAAGAGGUGCUGGAGAAGGAUGUGGAUGAGUUGCGGGCGGAACUGAAUAUCGAGAAGCCGCCGGAUCUGAGGCAGAUUCGGAAGAUGAUGCGACAGCAGCAGAAGAGGGAGAAGGAGAUGCAGGAAAAGAAGAAGGCUGCGGGAUGGAGUUGAGGGACUGGUUCCUUGUAGGAAGAGGGAUUGUAACAUUUUAUACAUUAUAACGGAUUAAGAAAUGAACUAGUACUGUUUUUUGUUGGUUCAUUAUUUCUUUUGUUUCCCUUUUUUUCUUUAGCCUCGUGAAUGCAACAAUCCGUACAGCGGAGAAAUCCC